AUGGAAGUUGCUGCGGUUGCGAGUGCUCCCUCGGCUGAGGAAGUGAGCGAACUGAGGAAGCAUACGCGUCUGUCAGAGGCUCAAAUCACUCGACUGCAUGAGCGUUUCACGGCACUUGACCGGUGUGGAAAAGGUUUGAUUUCCCCGAGUGAUUUUCAGUCAAUAGCAUCCGUGGCGUCCAACCCUCUUCUUAGUCGAGUGCUUACUGUGGUUAGCAGUAGUGGUGAUGGAAACAUUAGUUUUGUUGAUUUUGCGAAGGCAUUCGCUGUUUUUCUCCCACAGACCGAUAGGCAGGAAAAGCUGCGCUUUACGUAUAUGAUGUAUGAUAUCGACGGUGAUGGCAAAAUCAGUAACAGCGAUCUCAUGGAGGCUCUCAAAAUGAUGGUAGGCCCGAACUUAACAGAUGUGCAGCUGCAACAGAUAGUAGACAAAACAUUUAUUGAGGUGGACUUCAACCGGGACGGUUUUAUCACGUUUAGUGAUUUUGAGAAGCUUUCACUUCCCAUCAGUCUGGAUAAUGCCCAUGUUCUGCAGUUUUAA